CGUAAACAAAACUAAAUGAAUGAAUCUAAAACUUGAAAGUAACUUGUAAAUAGCAGAAGGGCAGACGGACGUAAACAACACAUGGCAGCAGCAGCAGCAGUAGCCAGACGGUGACAGCUGACGCAGAAUCUAGAACAACUUCUCCCAUUUUCCGAGAUCUAUUGCUGUGAAGAAACAUAAGCUGUAAGGCAGGAUGGUGUUAGCAGAUUUGGGCCGUAAGAUCACUUCGGCUCUCAAGUCGCUCAACAAUGCCACAAUCAUCAAUGAGGAUGUUCUCAAUGACCUCCUCAAAGAGAUCUGUGCUGCACUGCUUGAGUCUGAUGUCAACAUUCGGCUGGUGAAACAACUCAGGGAAAAUGUACGGUCAGCCAUUGAUUUUGACGAGAUGGCUGGUGGCCUAAACAAACGGCGAAUGAUCCAGACCACAGUCUUUAAGGAACUUGUUAAGCUUGUGGACCCAGGGGUGAAGCCUCAUAUUCCUGUGAAGGGACGGCCUAAUGUUAUUAUGUUUGUUGGUCUUCAGGGUUCUGGUAAAACAACAACUUGUACAAAACUGGCCUAUUACUAUAUGAAGAAGGGAUGGAAGACUUGUCUUGUGUGUGCUGAUACCUUCCGUGCAGGUGCCUUUGAUCAGGUGAAGCAGAACUGUACCAAGGCCCGCAUACCCUUCUAUGGCAGUUAUACAGAGGUUGAUCCAGUUGUAAUAGCUCUGGAUGGUGUUGAACAAUUCAAGAAAGAAGGCUUUGAAAUCAUAAUUAUAGAUACAUCUGGUCGACACAAGCAGGAGGACUCCCUGUUUGAAGAAAUGUUACAGAUCUCCAAUGUUUGUAAACCUGACAACAUCAUUUUUGUGAUGGAUGCCAGCAUUGGGCAGGCUUGUGAAUCUCAAGCAAGAGCCUUUAAGGAGAAAGUUGAUGUUGGCUCUGUCAUCAUCACCAAACUUGAUGGCCAUGCCAAGGGUGGUGGAGCAUUGUCUGCUGUAGCUGCCACACAGUCUCCUAUAAUUUUCAUUGGUACUGGUGAACAUAUUGACAAUUUUGAGGAAUUCAAGACCAAACCUUUCAUCUCUAAGCUGCUUGGCAUGGGAGACAUUGAGGGUCUCAUUGAGAAGGUGAAUGACCUGAAACUUGAAGACAAUGAAGCUCUCAUAAAGAAACUUCAGCAUGGCCACUUUACACUGCGGGAUAUGUAUGAACAGUUCCAGAAUGUGAGGAAGAUGGGUCCCAUGUCACAGAUUAUGGGUAUGUUGCCUGGAUUUAGCACAGACUUCCUGACCAAGGGAGGUGAGCAAGAGAGUAUGGCACGGCUCAAGCGGCUCAUGACCAUCAUGGACAGCAUGACAGAUGAAGAACUGGACAGUCUGGAUGGCAACAAGCUCUUCCAGAAGCAAGGGAAUCGCAUCAGUCGAGUAGCACGAGGAGCUGGAGUGAUGGAGUUUGAAGUGAAGGAUCUCCUUAAUCAGUAUGCCAAGUUUGCACAGAUGGUCAAGAAGAUGGGAGGAAUGAAGGGUCUUUUCAAAGGAGGUGAUAUGUCCAAAAAUGUGAACCAAACACAAAUGAACCAGCUUAACCAACAGAUGGCCAGGAUGAUGGAUCCCCGGGUGCUUCAACAAAUGGGGGGUUUUAAGGGUUUAGAGUCUAUGAUGAAGCAACUUCAACAGGGAGGAGGUCCAAUGGGAAUGGGCAAAAGUCCCUUCAAGUGAACAUUGUUUCCUUUCCUUGUAUUGCUUUGUGAUAAUUAUAUGGUAGGUGAACUGCAGAUCCUUAUAUCAUGGUUAGUUUUCAUAACUUUUUUAUAAGUGAAUAAAUUUAUUUUAAAUGUUUAUGAUGUUGAAGGGUUUAGAUAUUGAUGAAUUACAAAUAUUACAAAAAUAAAAUACUUGAUCAUGAACUCUGAGUGUUUUCCCAGGUUAAAGAGAAUACAGGCAAUACAAACUUGUGAUUAUCUAUCUAUUUAUACUAGGCCAACAUCACCUAUGGAGGAGAGGUAAUCAAGACAAUGUAUGGUCUAUGCGCACAGACACACUGGUGGAGACCAUCCAAACUUGCCACUUGCCAGGUGAAUGUUGUAAACCCACUCAGGUUGCAAGGAUUUUUCAGCAACAAUGAGGUGUUACAGUCCUACUUGAGUAAGACAAUAGAGUGUGUGGUUUAUACUAGUCCCAAUCUUACCCAGAGAGAGAGAGAGAGAGAGAGAGAGAGAGAGAGAGAGAGAGAGAGAGAGAGAGAGAGAGAGAUGGAUUUACAGUUCCCCCCAUAAACUGUUCAAAGGGUUCCAAUAAUCAUACCCAUGGAGAUCAUGUUUGGUAUUAAAGAAAUUCUCAAAAAUAAUCUUGAGUUUCAAAAUAGGAGAGUGCAUCGAAAAGUAUAGGAAAAGCAAAUGUUAACUAAUUAUAUAUAUAUAUAUAUAUAUAUAUAUAUAUAUAUAUAUAUAUAUAUAUAUAUAUAUAUAUAUAUAUAUUCUGGCAUGGUGGUAUUGUGACAUGCAAUUUGUCAUUUGACUAGAUGGCAGUGGGUGAGUUUCUCAGUGAGUUCUGAGAUGGCAGUUUAGGUGAUGAGUGAGCUGAUGGACAGGGAGUUGUUGUUGUGGGAAAGAGGGUGUCAGGAUGAAGCACUAAGUGCAAUAUGGUAAUAAGAAGUAGGAGAUUCACUUAUAAUGUAUGAUCAUCUACUUUUAGCAGUACUACACUAUUUUUAGGUAGCCUAACAUAAAUUUUUUUUCUACUGAACAGCAAGACACAAGCACUUGUUUGUAAUAAGGUACGAAGCAUGAACUCACUCAGUAUGAAUCGCAAAACAUAAUUUGAAGACCUAGGGUAGCAAGAUAUAGGCUGCAAUGUUUAAAACUGCUUUCACCUUAUAAUAUGAUGCACGUGAAGUCGCAGUUCUAUGCUGUUCAUCAUGCAAUGUAAGUUACAAUUUACAAAUUUAGGAGAUGGGAGUAUACACUAGUGAAGUGUAUGGACAAAUGUGAAAGGAAAAAUCUUCCUUUGUGUCCAUUCUCUUUGGGAAGUCUCAAAGGAUAAAUGUCAGAAUGAACUAGAUUAAAUAACAGAUUACAAUUUCUUUGAGGAAAUGUUUGUGAGCAUGAUUAUGAAUGUGAUUUUAUGCAUGAAGAUAUUUAACAUUCCUCUCUAAUACUGAAUGCUGAUGGUAUAGUAUAAAUAGAAAGAUCUACUACACAAUUUUUGUUAUUUAUGUACAACGGAAAUUUUUAAAAAAAUGUAUAGAUAUUAUA